CUUCGGUUCAUUGUGAAAUAAAUUCAGCUUGGCGAUACAUGUGACAAGAAAUAAAUUUAAUUAUUUAAAAUGGCUUUACACGUUCCAAAACCACCGGGUUUUACCGGUAUGAUGAAAGAAGGUUCACGAUACUUCAGUGGACUUGAAGAAGCAGUUUAUAGAAAUAUAACGGCAUGCAAAGAAUUUGCUCAGACACUACGUACUGCGUAUGGCCCCAAUGGUAUGAACAAAAUGGUAAUUAAUCACUUGGAAAAAUUAUUUGUUACUAGUGAUGCUGGUACUAUUAUGAGAGAGCUCGAUGUCGAGCACCCAGCAGCUAAAAUAAUUGUCAUGGGAUCUCAGAUGCAAGAAGCUGAAGUUGGUGAUGGUACUAAUUUUGUUGUUAUAUUUGCUGGUGCACUUCUUGAAAAUGCUGAAGAACUUUUACGACUUGGUAUCACGACAUCAGAAAUAGUGUCAGGAUACGAAUCAGCACUUGAAAAGUCUCUCGAGUUUUUACAAUCGAUUGUAGCGUAUGAAAUAACUGAUGUAAAAAAUAUCGAAGAGAUUAAAAAAGGAUUGAAAGCCGCGGUAAUGAGUAAACAGUACGGAAAUGAAGACUUUCUUACAUCACUAAUUAGUGAGGCAUGUGUGUCUAUUUUGCCUGAAAAAACAACUUUCAAUGUUGACAACGUGAGAGUUUGCAAGAUACUGGGUGCUGGUCUGCAUACAUCAAGAAUUAUUCAGGGGAUGGUAUUCAAGCGUCAAGUUGAGGGUGAUGUUACCAAACAAGUUAAUGCUAAAAUAGCUGUUUACACUUGUCCUGUUGACAUAACUCCAACAGAAACUAAAGGAACUGUUCUUAUCAAGAAUGCUGCUGAGCUUGUUAACUUCUCACGUGGUGAAGAGUCUUUACUUGAAUCACAAAUAAAAGCAAUUGUUGAUACCGGAGCUAAAGUUAUUGUAUCUGGUGGUAAAAUUGGUGAUAUGGCACUUCAUUUUCUUAAUAAAUAUAAUGUUAUGGUUGUACGUAUUCCAAGUAAAUUUGAUAUUCGGCGUCUUUGUAAAGCUGUUGGUGCUACUGCACUAUCUAAAUUGACACCACCAACUCAAGAAGAACUUGGAUUUGCUGACUCAGUACAUACUGAAGAAUUAGGAGAUACCGAAGUCAUAGUAUUUAAAUUAGAAGGCAAAGAGAGUAGAAUCAGUACUAUUGUUGUACGAGGCUCUACAGAAAAUCAUAUGGAUGACAUUGAACGUUGUAUUGACGACGGUGUUAAUACGUUCAAAGGAAUAACUAGAGAUGGUAAAUUCUUAGCAGGUGCUGGUGCUGCUGAAAUCGAACUAGCUGCUCAUAUUGCCACUUAUGCUGAUACACUUCCUGGACUUGAUCAGUAUGCAGUAAGAAAAUUCGCAAGUGCUCUUGAAAUUUUCCCUAAAACUCUUGCCGAAAAUACUGGUAACCGUGCCUCUGAAUUGUUGUCAAAGAUGUACGCUGCUCAUAAAGAAGGAAAGAAGCAUCAUGGAUUUGAUAUAAAUGGUAAUGGAGCAGCACUGAUCGAUGCUGUUGAAGCUGGAAUACUGGAUUCAUUCAGAACAAAAGAGUGGGCUUUGAAAUAUGCGGUCAAUGCUGCUUGUACUAUCCUCAAGGUCGAUCAAAUAAUAAUGGCCAAGCGUGCUGGUGGACCCAAAAUGCCACCUCAAGGAGGCGGACAUAAUAGUGACGAUGAAUAAAAUUAUUUAGACUACCAGCGAUAAUAAAAUUGUUUUUAUAUUUUCAUCGCAUUUAUAUUUGCUAGCUAACAUAACAUAAGAUUUAUUAAUAGAUUCAUCGAUAAAAAAAAACAAUUUCGAUAAAUUUUAUUUUUAAUCUACGAUUAAAUCAAACGCUUUGCACUUUUUUACUCAUACUACUUCUCUUCACUAAAAUAAUUUUUUUAUUUAUCCCAUAAAUAAUUUGUUAAGCCAUGUUCAUUUAAAUCUUGAAACGUUUUAAUAAAAA